AUGAUGAGAGAUACAAACUUUGGCAUAGAAACUGGAAAUGGUUAUUCCAAGUUUGAUGAUGAUGGCCGCAUUAAACGAACUGUUGCUGCUGUUAUGUCUUUUGCUUACUCCUCCAUUGGCAUUGCUCUCUCCAUAGCCAAAGUUGCAGGAGGAGAUGGACAUGCUGAGACUGGCCUCACAGGGAUACCAAUAGGAGAGAAUCAGUCAAGUGUGGACAAGAUGUGGAAUACAUUAUCUGCUUUUGGAAACAUUGCAUUUGCUUAUGCUUUCUCUAACGUCCUUGUUGAAAUACAGGAUACAGUAAAAUCAGGGCAACCAGAGAACAAAGUGAUGAAGAAGGCUACUUUAAUUGCAAUAUCGAUCUCCACUCUAUUUUAUAUGCUAUGCGGUAUGGCAGGUCAUCAAAGUAGGAUAGCUUGCCUCCCUAAUGUUUGCCCAAAUCUCGAAGUUCUCAUAUUACAUAAGUAUUAUGAUAAAGAACUGCCCUCCCUCCUUGGAGAGAUAAGAAUAGUGCCUGAAUGCUUGUUGUCACGAGUUGAAGUUAUUGAGCUUGAUGGAUUUGAAGGGAACAAAGAUGAUAUGGAAAUGGUGAAGUAUUUCUUGGCUAAUAUGCACGGGUUCUAA